GUGUGGCAACCAGAGAAGAAAACCACUGAUGCAAAUUGCAGCAGGUGAAGGAGGUUUGUUGUUCACCAUGGUAGGAACACCAUCUGACCUGGAAAACAAGUUCAAACAUUUUGUGGCUUACUGCAAUAAUUACAAAAGCUUGAAUCCUCUUGAGUCAGCCUGGAGCCAGCAGUCUGCCAGAAGUUAAGGACCGACUCUUUGACCUCCCUCCCCCUCCCUGCGCUCCUGUCCGAACGUGCGGGCCGAUCUUCCCCCCCUGGCUGAUCAGCAUGACAAAGCACUGGCCGGAGCAGAGCCUCUUGGCACCACCCGCUCUGUCCCACCUUGGAGAACAUCACGACCAUCAACUUGACUUCCACAGAAAUGCGCAGCAGAGUUUUUCACCCAGCGGUGUAGCGCGGAGCUCUUCAGCUCAACAUUGGCCUUACCACUUGGCUCGGAUGGUUCCCCAGCAGUUGUCGCGCUUGGAGAAACCCGCAGCGCGCCACGAACACCUCACCAGUGCCACGGCAUUCAUGGAUACAGCCGUACUGCCGGAAUCAUUGUACCCGAAUCCUCAAGAUGCCCACUUCAAACAGGAAGGUAUUAACCGGGACUCGCGUAACAGUGAACGGGAGAAGAGUAGCACGAGUGGUGGAAAGAAAAAGAACUAUCAGCGGUAUCCAAAACCACCGUACUCGUACCUUGCUAUGAUAGCUAUGGUCAUCCAAAGGUCGCCAGAGAAGAAACUGCCGUUAUCUGAGAUCCUGAAGGAGAUCAGUACUCUCUUCCCAUUCUUCAAAGGAAACUACAAGGGAUGGCGGGAUUCUGUGCGACACAACCUCUCCUCUUAUGACUGCUUUAUAAAGGUGCUGAAGGACCCGGGGAAGCCUCAAGGCAAAGGCAACUUCUGGGCGGUGGAGUUGAGCCGUGUUCCUCUGGAGCUCCUCAAGAGGCAAAACACGGCUGUGUCUCGCCAGGAUGAGACAAUCUUUGCCCAGGAUCUGGCCCCCUACAUCCUGCAGGGACACAAACCAGAAUCUGAACCACCACCUGCCCUCCUCAGCCCCCACCCAACCAUGUGCUCAAGAAACCCCUCCCCAGCACAGGAGGACUUGUUCCAACCCAAGCUGGAGUCAUCCUUCGCCAUCGACUCUCUGCUACACAGCCUGCGGCCACCUAGUGCCUCCGGGGAUGUGGAUGUGUCUAGCAGGGACUGCUGGGGCAAGGUGGAGUGCCCUCGGUCUUCACCAUCUCCACGGCCUCGAUACGCCUCCUCUGCCCGUAGUGCCUCGGCCAGCUCUGCCAGCCCAGCCUCCACCUCCUCCUCUGAUGAGGAAUGGAAAGGGAUUUCCCUGUCUGGGAAGCAUGUUCCUCUUGAUGGUGAGGCUGGGUCAGAUGGUUAUGAGGACUACAGACCGCCACUGCACAAGUCCGCCAGACGGGAGACUGUUGCACCUCCAUGGGAGCUUCCCACCUCCUACGCUAAAUAUACUCCCCCUAAUGCUGUUGCCCCACCCAGCAUGCGGUUCAAUGGAGGUCCUCUAAUGCCAAUGCAUGGAGGAAUUCCUCUUUAUGGCUACGGUGGCUCUCCUGUGGCACCUGGUCACUUCUUAGGUCAUGCCUAUUGGCCCAUCCUCCCCAGCGGACGAGUUUCUGUCCAAGCCCCUUCCCUCAUCAUGGACCUGGACAACAUGUUGCAAUCUGUGCCUCCAAAUAAGAGUGUGUUUGACGUGAUAGUACCAACCAAUCAGAACUCUCAUCCACAUAAUCAACCACCCAGUCAGUACACCCUGCAGAAUGUGCCUCCCCUUAACAGGUAUCCUCAGUACUGACUCUAAAAUACUUAUGUAUGAGACUUGUUUCCUCAUACUGAGCCAUACUGUCACUCAGAAAUGCAUGGAUGCUAACCCACUAGGGUGCAGGAUGAGAGGUUUAAUCAAGAUCCACAAGGGAAACACAUUUCUGCUGCACAUUCUCUUAAAUCCAGUCUCAAGCUCAAUAAAUGUUGACUGUUUAAGAUGCAAAAAGGGCGCUGAACUACAGACAGUGUAAUUGAUGGAUUCAUGUUUUUAACAAGAUGAAAAGUCAGUGUUGGCUUUUUUUAAGAUCAAGGUUUUUAAAAGCAAACACCUUAUUUCUUAUCAAUGUGUGGCAUAUUACAUGGUUUCACUGGAGAAAAUGUACCUCAAACAGCUAUACAACUAAACCAGUAUCUACCUCAGGAUUUCAAUGAAAUGGGAGUGUGUAUUUCUACAGGCUCUUUGCACUACAGGUGUUUUUAUUGGCAUGAAUUUGUUUUCUUACACAAAAUUAUUUUGCAUCUUGUCUAGUUAUUGAAUGUAUUGUUGGAAUGAAUCUUGAAUUUUACAGUUGUGUGAAAAAUCAGUGAUGAGCUGGCCUGUUGAUUUACAUAGUCAACUUGAGCUUAAAAUAUCAAAUGCAAUAUUUCUUUACGGUUUAUCCUGCCAGCAUAAUAUAUAGGAUUUUUAUGGAAAUAACUUGCAUCAUUUCAGUUUAAAAAAAAAAAAGUUUUUUUGUCAGGGUAUGUCUGUGUGCACAGAUCAAUGUGUACACACACUUGUGUUCUUUGUGAGUUUUAGUUUGUUUGUUCAGAUGGUGAAAUACAGGACCGGCUGUUUACCGUAAUCUUAAAUGUCAGUCUAAACUGUCUGCAUUGGUCUUACAGCAUAUUAACCAGUAUCUACCUCAGGUUUUUAAUGGACUGGGACAUGUUUCCUAUGGACUUUGCACUGCCGGUUAUUUGCACUAUUUUUGUGUCAUUAUGAUCAUCUUCCAAAGGAAAUUGCUUAUAAAUGUCUGCCUACCUCGACAGGUGAAUGUUUUGUACGUUGUUUUUUUGCCAUUUCCCUGUGGUCUUGUUAAAAGUUUGUACAGUACUGAGGUGAAGUUUAAGUAUCAAAAGAAGGGUAUGGAGUUAAACAGGGUAUGUAAUAAAAUGCUGUUUAUUUUAA